AUGCGCCAAGAUACUGCCGUCAUUGAAACCGUUGCCUUUUCCGUCGGAGAAGUAAGACGCGUCCUCAGUCAAAUAAAACCAGACAAGUCUCCUGGACCCGACGGAAUUCCUGGUCUGAUACUUAAGGAGCUAUCAAAGGAGCUGGCGAAGCCUCCUUCGACGCUCUUUGAGCUGUCAAUGAGAACAGGAAGGCUGCCAUCACAGUGGAAGACAGCUAACCUCGUUCCCUUACAUAAAGGCGGUAGCAGGAUGGCAGCAAGCUGUUUCAGGCCUAUUAGCCUAACCUGCCUUUCGUGCAAAACGAUGGAAGCUCUAGUAAAGAGUGCCAUACAGCAAUUUUGUGAAGAAAAUAACCUCUUGCAGGAUUUCCAGCAUGGCUUCCGGAGAGGACGUUCUUGCCUCUCAAAUCUGCUAGCUUGUCUGGAGAUCUGGACCAGGGCCCUAGAAGAGGGUUUUGAAGUUGAUGUCGUGUACAUCGAUUUUCGCAAAGCCUUCGAUACUGUCCCGCACCAACGCCUUCUUCACAAAUUGAGCGCCAUCGGCAUCCGGGGAGAUCUUCUGAACUGGAUAGGGGCGUUUCUGGUUGGUCGGAAACAACGUGUUUGCAUCGGUGAUGAUAUGUCAGAAUGGGUGAGUGUGACCAGUGGUGUGCCUCAAGGCUCAGUUCUGGGACCAUUGCUAUUCCUCCUUUAUGUUAAUGACAGCCUUCAGGAACUCGACUGUGGCAAAAUAAUGUUUGCUGACGACGUUAAGCUCUGGCAAGUCAUUAAGAGUCCUAACGACCAGAGAUCCCUCCAAAACAAUCUUCAUCGACUGCAAGCGUGGUCGGAGAAAUGGCUUCUAGACUUCAAUGUGCAGAAGUGUGCCGUCCUCCAUCUGCGUCCAACUAACUCUCAUUCAAAUCAGAGCCUGAGGACAUAUUAUCUGAAAGAUAUAAGACUCCCCGCAGAAUCUUCACAGAAGGAUCUCGGGGUUUGGAUACAGAACAAUUUGAAACCAACAUUGCAGUGCCACACGGCUGCAAAAAACGCAAUGGGAGUGCUGCAUGCAAUCAAAAGGGCGUUCGUUACCUUUGACCAAGACCUUUUUGGGAGAGUUUACGGCGCCUUCGUUCGGCCCCACUUAGAAUAUGGCAUACAAGCAUGGCGGCCAUGGCUUGUAAAGGACAAAGCAUGCCUCGAACGGGUGCAACGUAGGGCAACAAAGAUGGUAAACGGUCUAAAAAACCAAUCCUACACGGACAGACUGAAUUGCCUUAAUCUAUUCCCUCUGUGUUACAGGCAGCAAAGAGGUGAUCUAAUCCUGGUUUACAAGAUAAUAAAUGGCCUUGAGCAUGGACUUAACUUUAAGGACAUGUUUCAGUGGCACCUUUCACCCAAUCUUCGUGGCCACUCGAUGAAGCUACGGACAACAAUGUCCAGGCUGAACCUUCGUUCUGAAUUUUUCACGCAGAGGGUAGUGGAGAAAUGGAACGAUCUCCCUCAGUCAGUCGUGGAGGCGACAUCCCUGCAACUCUUCAAGAAACGCUUGGAUGAUUAUUUGUGUCCCCUGUUUUCCCUCGACAGUCUGAAUCUGAGCUAG